CUCUUUGUUAUUGAUUUGCCUCUCUUUCUUCUGUGAAUUAGAUCAGCACCGAGUAAAAAAUUCUUUAUAUACUGAAUUUCCUGCUCAAAAAGACAGGCCACCUAUUUAUCUACCUACCCCCCCAAAAAAAUCCUCGAAGAAAUAAGAACUAAGAAGAGGGAAAAAAAGAGAGUGAGAGAAGAUGUGCGGCCCCUCUCGAUCCAGCACCGGUAACCUCAUCGCCAUCAUCUUCCCUUCACCACCCUCCUCUUCAUUGUCCUCCUCAUCUCCGAAUACAUCCUACGCCCUCUCCUUCGAAGAUACAGAGCAUCCCAACAGCAAAACAAAAGCAACUUUCCGCAUCCCCGACAUGAAAACCCUGGCCGCUUUCCAAGCAAGUAUGGCCGUGGAAGUGCGGAUUGAGAGACAUGGAGAUCUCACAUCUCAAAGUACACUGCCACCGCUAUAUCAUUUCCGGAUCCCGGCGCCAGGAACAACAGGGAAGCAGAAGCAGACAGGUUCGGGCUGCGAGGGCGGAGAAUUCGAGGUGUUUUUGCCGGAGAGAUUGGAGCUGGGGAUCUCUGAGAGGGGGAUUGUGGGGAGACAGGUUGGUGUGGUGCUUGAGGGGGUGGAUGUGGAUGUUGAUAUGGGGAGGGGGUCGUGGGGUUUGAUUAGUUUCUUCCUUUCCUUCUGUUUUUCUCCUUGUAUUUUGGUGGCUCUGUGGGAUUGUUCAUAG